GUCUUUUAGAACGGUCGAUCGGGGCUGCCUUGCAACACUCGUCCGCCUAACCUUGCCAGGGCGGGACGUUGCGCCUCUCCUGUUUUGAACACUCACGCCCUCCAGAGAGAGAGAUAGAGAGAGACCGACAGACGCCCGCGUUUUCGCCUCUCCUCUUCGCAGACGCCCUUCGUUCUAAAACGUCCCGGGCGCCGAGGUCGACCUCGAGCCGCGGUCGUUUCUUGAAGUACAAGGAGUAGAUAGCUUGUGGUUGACAGGAGCUGAACUGCGCAUGAGUCAGAAGAGGAUUUGUUUUUCUGGAAGAUAAGGACGUCGCAAAACAGAGAAGAUGGCUACGCUCAUACUGCUACUUGGCCUGUCAUUGUCCAUCUCCAACUCUAUCCUCUCGGUAGAAGGUUCCCUUUGGGAGUUGUACGACCCAGCCCAAGGCAGCCUGGAAUUCUUUGGAAACCCCGUCGCCAACACCAGGAGUGCCGGUCAGGUCGAUCCCUUCUGCGGUGCGCCUGAUGGACUAUUCCACCAUGAUUACGACUGUCGAGAGUUUUUCUCUUGUGCCAAUGGACGAGGAUGCCUUUUGGAAUGUCCUACGGGAACUCACUUCCAUAAGAGCCUCAAGAUUUGUGUCUGGCCCCACCAAGCCCCGUGUACACCAAAACCUGGACCUCUCCCAUCACAUUGGCCUCCUCUGGAAAAAUGCUCUGAGCUACCACCAGGACCGAGACCACCCAGACCUCCUGUUACUCAUCCAUCAGGUCAUCAGCCGUUGCCUACUCCCACUCCUCCAUCUCCUCCAAAGCCACCUGUUCCUCCAAAACCUCCAACACCACCAACUGCUCCUCAACCCCCAAAGCCUCCUACUAAACCCCAGGCACCAGUGUACCCAGUAGACAGCCCCAGACCAACUUCAUCACGUCCACCAUUCCCUAUUACAGUUGCCCCAGCUACGCCAGCACCUAUUCAUCCCAUUACACCUUACCCAUGCCCUUGCAUUACACAACCAUAUCCCCUACCCGUGAGACCAACAGUAGGACCCGUAAUAACAGAGAGACCAACACCGGGACCCAUAACACCAGAGAGACCAACAGUAGGACCCAUAUCACCAGAUAGACCAACAGUAGGACCUGUAGCAACAGAAAGACCAACACCAGGACCCGUAACACCAGAGAGACCAACACCGGGACCCAUAACACCAGAGAGACCACCAGUAGGACCCAUAUCACCAGAUAGACCAACAGUAGGACCUGUAGCAACAGAAAGACCAACACCAGGACCCAUAACACCGGAGAGACCAACACCAGGACCUGUAACACCAGAGAGACCAACACCAGGACCUGUAACACCAUCUAAACCAAUUGUAGAUCCAACAAGCAAACCAAAGCCACCAGAAAAACCUCUGUUCCCAAUCAUAUUGCCUUACCCAGGCGGCUAUCCACCUCGUCCUACACCAGAACCUGAUACCCCAAGACCACACCCAAUUCAACCUGGACAAGGCCAACCCAUUUUCCCUCCCACUGUCACUUCAAAACCGCCCGUAGGGGUAACUUCUCCUCCAGUAACAUCUAUCCCAUCACAGACAGAACAUCCUUCUCGACCAAUACCAGUUCAGCCAGGUACAGAUAGACCUCCCCGCCCACAGCCCCAACCCCAGCCACUGCCAACGCAGCCACCAAGACCAUACCCAGAUAGACCUCCCCAGCCCGAGCCAUUGCCAGUGCAGACACCAAAACCAUACCCAGGUAGACCUCCCUACCCACAACCCCAACCCCAGCCAUUCCCAUCGCAGACACCAAAACCAUACCCAGAUAGACCUUCCCACCCACAGCCCCAACCUCAGCCAUUGCCAUCGCAGACACCAAAACCAUACCCAGAGACACUUCCCUACCCACAGCCCUACCCCCAGCCAAUGCCAAUACAGCCAAUCACAUUCCCUCCUCACCCAACUCAUCCUCCCCUUCCAACUCAUCCUCCUCAACCAGGCACCAUUGUCCCAGUUCCAUACCCACCUAGACCCCCAGUAGUACCUGGGCCAGGAGGUCAGUUUCCUCCAUCCCCUCCUCACCCUACUGAUAUUCCAACGCAUCCCACAAUCCCUCCAGAGGUAGACACACUUGGAGGAGAGGACAGGCCAGGGUGUGAGAACUGUUGCUGUGACUGUGCUGAAGGAGAAAAUGACAGUAAGGAAGAUGACCGGUUGAGAGAAUGGGAGAGGCCCCUGUCCUACUUCUACAGAACGCAGAGCAAAUUCGGAAAUUCGCGCGUCAAUUCUGUCGGAGAAAGGAAUCCAGUCGUGGUCGUGGUGGCAGAUCCAAAUAGUGCGAGUUCCGAUUGGCUCACCAAUCUCAUCCGCUCCGGAAAACGUUAAGGACCACGGACAAUAGAACCAGUUUAUCGUUCCCUGCUAUCACGCUUGAAUAUGCAAACAAAAAAAAACAUUCAAAAAAAUCUUUUCUAAAGCUGUGUUGCUCUUUGCAUGGACGCAUGUGUUUGAAUAUCCUUAAAGAAUUCAUUGAUUGGACACUACAAAGAUAUAGACUGAGGUCAUUUUCCUUGAUGCUGGUGGCCCUGUUCUGCACUGCGCAGUAUUGUUGACAAGCAAAGUCUUGUUGUGAUAUAUAUUUAGUACCUAAAAGCCUACUUUUAAAUUGGGUUUCUAGUAAAUUGUACUUAUGGAAACUGAAAGUAAUCUUGUUGGCAUUCCCAGUCUAGAUGCUCACGGGGCGGGAGAUCGCAGUUGCAGACCAGCUUCUCAUGAGAACAGAAUUCAACCAAGUUCACUUUGCUUUGUGCAAACCCUGUUCAGAGGCCUUGAUGUUUUGCUACGUCCAGAGUCUAGUAUUGUUCCAUGUCAUUCUCUUGGUCUUUAUCUUUAAGGACCGUGACUGUCGUUUGAAUACAUUUCUCUUCACUGUCUUGAAAUCCCAAUUGUUGAAAAAAAAAAUCCCCUGCACAGUCUUUUUGAAGAGCUCUUCCGAAGGCCAGCAGCAUUUUUCAACGAACUGCAUUCUGCUAACUCACCAGAGGUCGCAUUCUGCUCCGGCAAUGCGCCACGGUGGUGUCGACUGCCCUCGUCUGCUCAGAUGAAAGUCAUUUGUUGUCUGUUUGUAUUUGCUCACUCAGCCAUGGCAGCGAAAGGAUGAAUGCAAGACUUUGCCAAUGGAUCAAGACUGACCAAGUUGUCCUUUCCCAAGGGUAAAGUCUGAAGUCGUUUUGUCGUUUUGUGCCGUGGAAUGACGAUCAUUCGUUUAUUUUACGCUAUAUUGGUGCUUUGGUAGGCAAUGAAGGUGAUGGAGAUUAUGUCAUAUGGUAAGGUACAGGCGUUACUUUGAAACUAGCAGAGUACCUGUCACAGGUGUUGUGUUUCACUCAUUUAUGAAAUCCAGAAGUUCAUUUUGAAGGUUGUUUGAAGUUGUCUAUUCUUCAUCAGUUUUAUGUUACACUUGAAGUUCCCAUACUCCUAGAAAUCUCAAGAAAGGGAAGCAUUAUUGUUAUUCAUGAUUUGUCAGUAACAAUAUGGUGUUUUUGAUCAUCAGAAAAGUCCAGAUUAAAAAAAAUCAAAAGAGGUAUCUUGGAGAACUCAACAGUUAACAGUGAUGGCUUGCACAUACAUAGGCAUUCACAAAGGCAUAUGUUUUACAGAUCACUUUAGAAACAAGGGCUUAAGCUACUCCAACCAACCAGCUUGUGCUAUCAGGAUCUUUGUAAGAGCUUGUGCUGACACAAGGCCACGAGUAUCCAUGCAGACGCAAGGCCCCUAGAGCCCGUGCUGACAUGAGACCACGAGAGCCCUUGCUGACAUGAGGCCACAAGAGCCCUUACUGACCCUAAAGGCCACAAGAACCUGUGUGCUAGCAAACCACAAGAGUGUGUGCUAGUGCAAGAACAUAACGCAAACCAUAAGCGCCUGUUCUGCUAGCAGACUAGCAGAUCAGAAGAGCCUGUUUUGCUAGCAGACCAAAAGAGCCUGUUCUGCUAGCAGACCACAAGAGCCUGUUCUGCUAGUGCAGGUACUAGCUGGUGUAAUCACAAAAGGUUGUCAGUGCCUGUGCCGUCAGAAAUCGCAGAAGCCUCGACAGGCACAAGAGCCAGCGCUAGGGAGAGGCCACGUCGAUGUGAUAAAAAAGAAAUAACUCGAGAUAGUCCUCUCAGCUUUGCCCGACGCCUUCCUUGCCACGCUUCUUCCUCCGUUCUCUCUGGGGCAUUCAUUUCCAAGUCGUGAUAUUUCAUAUAGCUUUGUGAAGACACGGGACGACCUCUACCAGGGUGGUGCUGCUGCCGUGUCUUCUUGCAAUGCGGGUACACUCAGGCAUUACACCUGUAAACUGGUGCGUCCUAAGGAUGGGGGCUAGGAGGAGGGGGAGACUCCGUUUCUUGAUACGAUUAGUGUUUGUCGGUGGUCGUCGACAUUAUUUGUUGUUGUUGUGAUGUGUUUGUUUGUUUUCAAAUCGCUGCGAUCGGAGUCCUUAAGGACGCAUCUUCAUUAACAUGAACCCUUUCAUUGACGAUGUUUGUGCUUUGUUGUAUAAUCCUGUUAAUAAAGACAUCAAAUGAC